AUGAGCAAAUCCGGCGUUCAGCCGGCAUCGUGGAGGGUACUGCAUGCCAGAGUUAUCAUUCGCAAAGCUCCGAGCACAGCAGCUGGCAUACUGGGCUUCCAUGUGCAGGGCAAGAUCGUGGAAGGCUUGAUGCAGGACGUUUCGGGGACUCCCUGGAUCAAAGUCAAGCACCAUGGUUUGGACGGCAAAGAAUGCGAUGGCUUUAUGCUGAUUGACGGUUCAGCGGUAGGCUUGGGCAUCCUUAUGGAAAAAGUUGAGACUUUUGCAAGCGCAGCAGACAAAGCCCCGGCUGUCACUAGAAGCACACUGAGCAGCGCAAAGUCAGCUGCGAAGCCUUCAUUGCCAACAAAAAAAAAAAUGACGUCAAAGAACUGA